AAAAAAAAAAAAAAAAAAAAAACUAUAUGUUGUUUUUUCACCAAAUAACAAACAAUAAAUACUGAAAAUUGCACGAACGGCAUUGCAAUUACUUAAAAAUUAUCGCUGUGAAGUCACAACGUGAUAUUUGAAGCCCUAAAUACAAAAGAUUUACAAUCAUGAAUCAAAUGAAUAUGCACGUACCGAUGAAUCCUGUUGGGUCGAAUCCCAAUGUGAAUAUGCCCAUGCAGCCUAUGUCUUCAGUUUCCUUAAUGCCCAUACCCUCUCCGCAACAAAUGCAGCAAGUACAACAAGCGAUCCCACAGCAGCCGCAACAGGAUAAAAUGGACAAUAUAUCUAAAGUUAAGACGUUGAUGGGUUCCUUACGUGAAUCUUUGCCUAUGACAUUGAAAUCAGCUGCUCAAAUUUUACAUCAAAACUACAAUGUGGAUUCAAGUACUCAGAAAGGCAUGGAUAAUCCUGUACCAAGGUUUGACAAGAAUCUAGAAGAGUUUUUUUCACUUUGUGAUCAAAUGGAACUACAUCUUAGAACCGCAAUCACCUGUAUUCAGCAAGCACAGUCAGCCGCCCAUUAUUUGCCACUCACAGUUAUACCAUCAAGAUUGGAUUCUGGCUCCUCUGCACAGGAGACCACGCUCAGCUAUCCUCAGUAUUUAAAUACUGUUCGACUUCAAAUCUCAUAUGCAAAGGACAUCCACGACACGUUAGUAGCAGCUGCACAGAAUAUAUCGCCCGCAGAGUGACCAUAGACAAAUAAAACAAUACAUAGAGCGGUAAAUUUAAACAUUUAUUAUUACUUAUCUGUAAUAAUUAAGCCUAAUUAUAAGCUAUAUUAUUAAAGCGUUAUCAAUUUA